AUGCCUUCAUCAGAGCCUCCACUUCUCCGACUACGCCACCCUACUCACGUUCCGCCGCACGAGCUCUUCCCUCAAAACUGGGAAGUCGGAGACGGAGUCAUCGUCUUUCGCACACGUCGUGGGGUGCUGCCCUUCCUCCGUGAGGAGGACUGGGCGUGGGCGCUCGCUCGCGCUGAUGCGGUGGAGGUUGAUGUGUGGUGUCUUGGGCCGCCGCGCAUUGGUGGCCCUCGUGGUCCACGCGGUCCUCCACCUUGGGACCCCGACUGGGACGAUCGUUGGGAGUGCGACUCUGCCUGCGCCUACGAGUCGGACAAUGAUGACUCCUCUUGCCCUUACCAUGGCCAUUAUGCAGCUCUGCGGGCAGACUAUGUGGCAUUCGAGAACGCUCCCCGAACCCCUUGCAUAGACCUUGAAGCCAUCAAACGUGCCCUCAGCAAUAUCCGACGUGAGGUCCCACUCACUGUCCUGCAUUCCAGGGAUCGGCCUCUCCCUACACACAUCCCGGCCACGGACAUGCUCAUCUUGCGUUUGGAUCCCAUGUGCGACUGCGCCUUUGAAGGAAGACCGGACUCGCCUCCCCCCUCAAGCCCAGACUAUACCUCUUCCUAUGAUCCUCUCCACUCUGCGUCCAAAGUGGAAGUUUGGGUUUCGCCCUUCCUUGACGACCCUGUCGGUGACCAAGGGGAGUGUAUCUGCGCGCUUGCAGCACGCACACUCUUGCCCUCCGUCAGACACCUGACCAUCUACGCACCGUCGGUACCUGACUCUAACGCCAACUUCAGCGCCAUGGCGGAGGGCCCCGGGCCUCGUUUCGGUGGGGAGACGUAUCCUGAUGGAACGGAGGUUCGUCAUCCUGAGCUCGAGGUCGAUCUGCGCCUGCAGGUUGUUCACGAGAGCGAGAGGACUCGGGAGCGCGUUCAAGCCUUUUCAGAUUACAUCGGAGCUUCUCCGGAGAGAUUCACCUUCACGCACGAUCCCAAGGCAGGAGAUCUCCCGUCCCUGCCGCCGCUGAAAUGCAUGCUCCUGAAAUUGUAG